AUGUAAACGGAAUAAUAUUUUUUUGAUUCAGCUAUUACUAACAGAAAGAAUUAAUGGGUGAAAAUACAUUCAAUAAAACGUCCAAUCUCAACAAUUAGAUUAUUUGAAGGAACUUUAUUUAUAAAGAGCAAGAAACAUGAUUUAUAUAAACCAAAGUUUUUUAAGUUAUUCUCCGAUAGACUUAACAUUUACAAGGUAAUUUGCCCAAUAUCAUAAUUCUAGAACUGCAGAGAAUAGAAAGAAACAGCUGCCUUGUUUCUAACUAAUGUGUAUUUAGAUCUAAGUUCAUAAAAUAUUGUAGAAAAGGAUGGUCAUUCUAUUGUACUAUUCUCAGGGUCUAAAAAGUACUACUUUAGGGCAAAAUCAUAAGAAUAAAAAUAAAAAUGGAUUGAACAUUUCAUAAAGACGUGCAUUCUUAAUAAUUAUAGAGAUAUUUUUCUGAACCUUAAAGUAAUUGGGAAAGGAACAUAUGCAAAGGUUCUCUUAGCAUAAAGAAAAGUAAAUUAAAGUAAAUACGCUGUUAAAACCUUCUAAAAAUCAGCGUUAUUGGAUAAAAAUAAUAAAUAAAGAUAAGGACUACUUAAUGAAAUCGAUUUGUUGCGUUCUUGUGAUCAUCCCAACAUUAUUAAAUUAUAUGAAAUCUAUGAAAGUGGUGAUUACAUUUAUUUAGUCAUGGAAUUGCUCGAAGGAGGAGAAUUAUUCGAUCUCAUUCUAGAAACUCAAUCCUUUCAAGAGUCCAAAGUGGCUCUGAUAAUGUUCAAGAUAUUCGAUGCUCUAGAAUAUUUGCAUACCAAAAAUAUCAUGCAUCGAGAUAUUAAACCUGAGAAUAUACUACUAAAAGAUAAAUCUGAGAAUUUUGAGAUAAAAAUUGCAGAUUUUGGUUUAGCAUCCUACACUGAAGCUGAUCUUAUUAUCGCUAGAUGUGGAACUCCUGGGUAUGUUGCUCCUGAAAUUUUCGAAGAUAAAAAAUAUAAUGAAAAAGUUGAUGUCUUCAGUGCAGGAAUCAUCCUUUACAUUUUACUUUCUGGAUAAGCACCCUUUUUUGGAAAUAGUCUUGAUGAAAUAAUGGAAAAAAACAGAGAUUGUUAAAUUAAUUUUAAGGAUCUUAAAGUCUCUGAGGAUGCCUUAGAUUUAUUAAAGAAAUCUUUAGAACCUAAUCCAGAAUGUAGAAUUUCAUCAUUAGAAGCACUUUCUCAUCCAUUUAUAUCUCACUUAUACAAGCGAGAAUCUAAUCAUGCUGAUGACAUUAAGUUAAAUAAUGAUGGCUCUAAUGAGAAAUUUAGUAUCUUAGACAAUAUGAAAAAGUUUGGACAGUGUGAUUUAAGGUCUAGGAUAUUAAAAUGCAAUUAAAAUGAAUUGAUUUAAUAAACACCCUUUUUAGGUGUAAGAGAAUAUGAUCCUAUUAAAGCAUCUUCUGAUAGUUGGUUAUUGGAGAAAUCAAGUAUUAACGAUUCAAAUUAGUUAUUUCGUUCUCCUAAUAUAUAGUAAUAAUAAUCAGAUUCUGAUUGUUCAAUUUUAAGCUCUCCUGAUUCGAAAAAGGAAACAUCAAGAUAAUUAUAAUUUAGUGCACUUUAAUAAAUAACUUUUCGACAACCUCCUAAUUAAUCUCUUUAUCCACCUUAAAGUUAAUACAAAUCAUAAUUGUAAAUGAAUUUGAAAAAAGCUAAUUAAAUCAGAGAUCAACUGAAGAAAUUAGGUUGA